UUCCUGAAGUCACCCCAGCUAAUGUCAGUGGAGGUGGUGGUACUAAGGCUGAGCUGGUCAUAACAUGGGAGACAGUUCCCGAAGAGUUACAGAAUGGAGGUGGGUUUGGUUAUGUCGUAGCCUUCCGUCCUUUUGGUACCGUAAGUUGGAUGCAGACUGUAGUAGCUUCUCCCGACGCCUCCAGAUACGUCUUUAGGAAUGAAAGUUUGCCACCAUUCUUCCCCUAUGAGGUCAGAGUGGGAGUGUACAACAACAAAGGCGAAGGUUCUUUCAGUCCCGUCACAAUUGUCUAUUCAGCAGAUGAAGAACCCACCAGAGCUCCAACCAACGUCAUCGCCAGAAGCCUUUCCUCUUCAGAAGUAGAAGUGUUUUGGUCCUUGCUGCCUGAGUCCCAGAGUAAAGGAAGGAUACAGGGCUACGAGGUUAGAUACUGGAAACAUGACGACAAGGAAGAGCAGGCUGGAAGAAUAAGAACCAUGACCAACCAGACUUUUGCAAAAAUCAGCCACUUGAAGGGGAAUGCUUUGUACCACUUGGCUGUCAAGGCUUACAAUACAGCAGGGAUGGGACCUUCCAGUGCUGUAGUCAACGUAACUACCAAAAAGCCACCACCCAGUCAGCCCCCUGGAAACAUCAUCUGGAAUUCAUCAGACUCCAAGAUUAUUCUGAACUGGGAUCAAGUAAAAGCACAGAACAAUGAAUCCGAAGUGAAAGGAUACAAAGUUUUAUACAGAUGGAACAGACAAAGCAGUACAUCUGUUAUAGAAACAAACAAAACAUCUGUGGAGCUCUCGCUGCCUUUUGAUGAAGAUUACAUUGUAGAAAUAAAGCCAUUUAGUGAUGGAGGAGAUGGAAAUAGCAGUGAACAAAUCCGAAUUCCAAAGAUAUCAAAUGCAUACGCCAGAGGGUCGGGCGCUUCUACUUCAAAUGCUUGUACAUUGUCAGCCAUCAGCACAAUAAUGAUUUCCCUCACAGCUAGAUCAAGUUUAUGACAAAAAUUAUCUGAAGGACUUCCUGUUUAUAAUAUAAGCAACAUUUAGCUAGUUGUU